AUGUCACAAAUUCAAACCUCCGCUAAGGAAGUCGAAAACACCUCUAUGCGUAAUAUUUCGACUACCAGAGGGAAUAAAAGGCAGGCUGUUGGCUCUCCGCCUGUAUCCCCUAACGCUGAAGAUAUCGUCACGCGCGCCAAUAUUCGAGAAAUUAUUGAGGACGUGCUGAAGACCGAGUUAUCUCGUGCGUUAUCCGACUUCGAUGACAGAAUGAAAGUACUAUUGAAUAAAGAGUUACAACCCAUCAAUGACAAAAUUUCUGGCAUGGAGGCAUCAUUGAAUUUUAUGAAUAAUCAGUAUGAGGACCUCCUUAAAGAGCAUGCAACAUCUACCGAGGCUGUAAGAGAACUUCAGAAAGAGAAUUCUGAAAUGAAAACUACCAUGAGCUCAUUAAAGACACGUUUAGAACAACUGGAGCAGCAAACUCGCUCAAAUAACGUGGAAAUUCAAUGUCUACCUGAGAAAAAACAGGAAAAUUUGUUUAACAUUGUAUCAGAAUUGUCAAAAACUGUUGGAUGUUCCAUAGAAAACAAAGAUAUUCUGCACUGCACUCGUGUUGCCAAACUAAACCCUGAAAAAAACCGACCCCGGUCGAUUAUCGUGCAGCUCGCCUCCCCGAGAAUUCGUGACCAACUCCUCGCGUCCGUCAUAAAUUUCAACAAGUCUAAUAGAGACAAUAAAUUAAACAGCAUGCAUCUCGGUUUUGCUGGACCGAAAACUUCAAUUUAUGUGACGGAACAUCUGUCCCCAACAUAUAAGUCUCUCCAUGCUUCGGCGAGACUGAAAGCUAAGGAACUUGGCUACAAAUUUGUCUGGGUUCGUGGUGGAAGAAUCUUUAUGCGUAAAGCCGAAGAAUCUGAACACAUUAUGGUGAAAAACAUGGACAUUUUAAAAAAGUUAUCUUAG